GGUUGUUAAUAACUGGGGCUCCACGGGAUUGUUCACAACAACAGAGGAAGGCGCACCAGCUCUGACCAAAUAAAGCACAGUCGCGAUUUUUAGAUCCUGUUUCGGAACCAUACAAGCGGAAACCAACGUUAACGCGUUGUUGCGCGACAGGGGUUCGUUGUCCUACGGAAAGCUGUUGUUUGUACCGAGCUAGCUUUGUCCUUCUUCGCAGUCACAGCUGUGGUGGUGUUGGUGAUAUAUUUAUACAAAUCGUUGUGGAAUAUGGCUCAGCAUGGACAUCAUGUAGCCAGUUCCCAAAAAGCACUAAUGCUGGAGAUGAAAAGUCUCCAGGAUGAACCGGUCGAGGGGUUCAAAAUAACUUUGGUGGACGAGUCGGACAUGUACAACUGGGAAGUAGCGAUAUUUGGACCCCCAAACACACACUACGAGGGUGGUUAUUUUAAGGCUCGGAUCAAGUUCCCCGUCGACUACCCGUACUCUCCACCUGCUUUCCGCUUCCUCACCAAAAUGUGGCACCCCAACAUUUACGAGAAUGGGGAUGUGUGUAUCUCUAUCCUGCACCCACCAGUGGACGACCCACAGAGCGGUGAGCUGCCGUCAGAGAGGUGGAACCCCACACAGAACGUCAGGACCAUCCUGCUCAGCGUGAUCUCUCUGCUGAACGAGCCCAACACCUUCUCCCCAGCCAACGUGGACGCAUCAGUUAUGUACCGCAAGUGGAGGGACAGCAAGGGCAAGGACAGAGAAUACAUCGAGAUCAUCAGGAAGCAGGUGGUGGCUACCAAAGCUGACGCAGAGCGGGACGGUGUCAAGGUUCCUGUCACGUUGGACGAAUACUGCGUCCGCACCCAAGUCCCGCCCACGGAUGACGGCUCCAACCUCUUAUAUGAUGACUACUACGACGACGAGGAGCUGGAGGACGACGACGAGGACGACAACGAGGACUGUUGCUAUGAUGAGGACGACUCGGGCACCGAGGACUCCUGACCUCGUCUCCCUGUGAAAUCACCCCUCCCCCCGUCCCUGCCCCAUCCCUGUCCCCCACACCCCUAGCAUACACACAUCCCUCUUCUGUCAUGGACUGAACUUUAAUUCCCUGUCCCCCUUCUUCUUCCCCUGAACCCCCUCCAUCGUCCUCACUUAGCGCAGACCCCCCUGUCCACCUUCUGUCACGUGUGCAGUCACAGUAUGCACACUAAACCCUGAUGCAUUGAAGAAAAGAAAGCUACAGAGUUGUUUUUGUUGGUUUCUUACAUGUUUUCUUUUAUUCUUUCUUUUUUUUUUGUCUGAGUAGAGGUUACACACGUUACAUACACAGCAGGAAAACAUACAGUAACAGUAAUAACAGUACUUCCUCAUCUGCUUCUGCUUGUCUGAACUGGUAACUGGUUUAGAUUCCCACAAAGUGUUUUUAGCUCCAAGACCGAUUUCUUCCUCUGGCUUUGAGAGGAACAAAGCCAACUUGUUUUGUUCUUUAAUUAAGCCAAGGAAUGGUCACACCUUUUCUUGACAUUAUCAUCAGCAGCAGGGAGGAAUGUAAUGUCACAGGUCAGAUCAGAGUAAAACAAGCAGAGAGCAUUUGCAAAGGAAGCUAAUUUAGAAAAAUUAUACAGUGUGUGUGUGUGUGUGUUUUGAAAGGCUGAGUCACGUCCGCCCCUGAGCCAUGUAUGUGACCUCCAGUUACCAGGCUGUUCGAAGCCCUGCCAUGCUUCACCUCUGACAUUUUAGGGCCCCAGGGCUUGUGCUGCUCUGAACAGGGAAGCUGUUCACACUCCCUUGUGCCUUCCCUCACUCCUUGAUACCACAGAUCUGAAUGACUUGUGGGACAGACCAGUCAAAGCAAAAACCCCCUAGCAACCAGGCAAACAAAGGUGGCAGAAGGGAGAUAUUCAGGCUCACAAGGUCUCAGGUGGGGAUAACUGUGCACACAGCGCCCUCCUCCUGAGGGAACAAGUUAUCUAUAGCAGCACCUGUCAGAUGUGAGUGAGAAAGGUAAGAUCCAACAGCUGAACUAAAGAGUGGAAUGUAGAUCAGGAUCCCACAGACGUCCUUUACUGACUGCCACGCAGCCUUCAUUACACAAGCACGUGCUACUAGUGCCCUGGAUGCAUUAACAAACAGCUAGCUGAGCCUGCUGCUGCUCAUGAAAUCCAAUGUACUGUAUUUAAAAAAAAACCUAUGCAGUCAGUGCUUGAACUCACUUAUUAUGCAGUGCUUUAAAAGUGGCAGUGAAGCUGAGCCUUUCAACAGUCUGACCUUAACUCCAGCUGGAGUUUUACAAGCCAGCUAUGCACCUGUUAGGACUUUGGACUGACGGUGUGCUUGGUUAGAGAUGGACAAGUGUAGCUGUAUCUGCUUUUAUGUUUGUCAGUGGUUUGUUGAUCUAAACCAGAGUAGCACAAGUCUCCACAGCAGAAGAAGCAACAGUGAGAUUGUACUAAUUUGCCUUCACAGAGCACACCCCCUCCUUGUGGUGGCUAUGUGUACAGGCAGUGUUCUUUCCCCUCCUGCUCUGAAAUUUUCAGCUGGGCCACAUCCAUCUUGACUCAUGUGAAUAAAUGACCCUUGUUACCUGCGAGGAGAUCAUGUGGCAGUGUGAGUGAUUCAGAAGAAUGAAAUGGCCUGAUGGGGGUUUUGUUUUCAGUCUGUUCUGUCAGAAACCCUCUUUGUAGCUGCCAGGAGUGCUCUGUUGCACACUCGAAGACACAUUACCACCAUCCAGCAGUAUUUCCAAUGAAAUUCUCAACAUUGCUGUAAACAUGUUUCCGUUGUGUGUGUGUGUGCGCGCGCGCGUGUGUGUGUGUGUGCGUGUGAAUAUUCACCGAUCGUUUUAUAAGAUGUGCCGAGAAGGUAUGGAGAAGAAGCGCAGAAAUGGGAAGGCAAGAGGAUAGGGUUGAUCUUUGAGCAUGAACAGGAGAAUGUGGUUCUUCACUAGCAUGCUGUUAAUGACGUGUUUGUGGUUUUAGAUCUGCUAUAAGGGUUGGAAUCGUGUCCAGGGACAAAGGUUCUCAAUUUUAUCUGUGGCAUUGUGAAUGGGCUGAGGGUUGUCCGUUAAUUUUGGGCUUCUUUAACUGUUUUUGAUGUAACUUUUUUUUAAAUUUCCAAAUUGUGGUGUGAGCUGCAAUGUUUUCUGUCUUAUAUGUAUUAAGUGCUAAGAAUAUUGACCUGAUUGUUUAAAAACCCAGGAUUGUUCAUGCAAGAGCGAAUAAAUGUACCGACCGAUUACACUAUAAUCAAACAACAGAAAAGUUGAACAGAACCAAAUUGACACAGCACACCUUACAGUAAUUCUUUCCAGCCUUUCUCAGCCCUGAAUGCUCAGAAAAUAGUUAUCAAUACUCAAUAAUUGACUGAUGUCUGCUACACAGCCUAUGAAUGAUUCUCCCCCCUCAGUUUUGAUGUUUUAGGGUGAAUGGGAUUUCUUUUUUUUUCUUUUUUUUUUUGUCAAACCACUGUUUUAUCAUCCUGCCCCCCUCCACCUCCCCAGUUCUCUGAGCUCUGAUUGGUGGCAGCAUCACUGAGGGGAAAAAAAAACCCAGCAGUUAAUUACAGAAAACAACAAGAACCUCAGGAAAAAAAAAAAACAACAAACAACCAUCCUUCCCCAGCUGAGUGAUCCUGACCCCGGGGAGUCUCACUUUUUGGCUUCAAAGGACUGUUUACAAUCCCUUGAUAUGCACAUGUGGAUAUUUUGACGAUCACUUGAUGUUUUUUUUCUUGUUUAUAUUUUCUUUUUUCUUAUGGUUUGUAAAUCUAUUUAAAAUCUGAAAUAAAGAUCUUUAUUAGA